CUUAUUUACUAGCCCAAUAUGUCUCGUUUGAUCGUGAAGGGACUCCCCAAGUAUUAUACUGAGGAUAAGUUGAGGGAAUUUUUUGGAAAGCAGGGCGAUGUCACUGAUGUCAAAUUGAUGAAAAAGAGAAAUGGAGAAUCAAGAAGAUUUGCGUUUGUAGGUUAUAAGUCGUUCGAAGAUGCAGAAAAGGCGGCCUCAUUCUUCAACAAGUCGUUUAUAGACACUGCCAGAAUCGAUGUGGAGUUGGCAAAAACCUUUUCUGAUCCAAAUGUGCCAAUGUCGUUUAAGGAUAGAAAGAGACAAAACGAAGAAAGAUUGAGAGAACAGGAAGAAAGAUUGCUUCAGCAAGAACAACAGCAGAAAAAGCGAAGAAAAAAUGUGAACACCAUCGACGACGAAAUUGCUGCUGAUCCCAAGUUGAGAGAGUUUAUGGAAGUUAUGAAGCCUUCACAUCAAGUCAAGUCAUGGGCAAAUGAUUCAACAGCUGAUGGAUCAGGUGCUCCUUCGGCUGCUGCACUUGAAGAAGCCUUGGCUAAGCAAGAUAGCGGUAUAAAGGAGGAGCUUAGCCAGAAGUAUGAAGUCAAACAGGCACGUGAGGUCGAGAGUGACGACGAAUAUGAUGACUUUGUAGCCAAUAGGAAGCACAGUGAAGACGACGAGGAAGAAAUGAUGAGUUUAGACAACUUGAAAAAGCCAGAAGCCGAGGCUGACGUCGAAGAGACUGCUGAUAUUGCUGCUGAUGAAAAUGUCUCGGACUUGGACUGGUUGAAGUCGAGGCGUAUCCGUAUCAGAGACAACGAAGAAGAAAAAAAGGAAGAAUCCGUGGGAGAAGUAGUUGAGGAAACGGCUGAAUCUGAAGAACACAGGGCUAGACCUCGGAGACAGGUAGAAAUAGAAGAGUCUUUAGAAGAAGUCACAGCUGCCAAAAUUGCAGUUACGGGUCGUUUGUUCAUCAGAAACAUCUUGUACACCUCCACAGAAGCAGAGUUCAGAGAUCUUUUUGAACAAUAUGGACCUCUUCAGGAAGUACAUAUUGCUGUAGAUACUCGAACCGGAAAGUCCAAAGGGUUUGUGUAUGUACAAUUUGAAAACAGCUCUGAUGCCGUCCAAGCCUACGAAGCCUUGGAUAAGCAGAUUUUCCAGGGCCGUUUAUUGCAUAUUUUACCGGGAGAGAAGAAAAAAGACCACCGACUAGACGAGUUUGACAUCAAAAACUUGCCGUUGAAGAAACAGCGUGAAUUGAAGAAGAAAUCGCAAGCUUCGAAGAGUCAAUUCAGUUGGAACUCGCUUUAUAUGAACACAGAUGCUGUAUUGGAUUCUGUUGCUGCCAAGAUGGGAGUUUCCAAGUCUCAGUUGAUAGAUCCACAAAACUCGUCUUCUGCUGUUAAGCAAGCAUUAGCAGAAGCUCACGUAAUCGGCGAUGUUAGGAAGUAUUUCGAAGACAGAGGUGUAGAUUUGACUACUUUUGACAGAAAGGAGAGGGACGACAAGGUUAUUCUUGUCAAGAACUUUCCGUAUGGAACCACCAUUGAGGAAAUUGGUGAGAUGUUCACGCAAUAUGGUUCUUUGAAGAGAAUGUUGAUGCCUCCAGCUGGUACGAUUGCUAUCGUGGAAUUCCGUGAUGCCCCAGCAGCCAGAGCAGCAUUUACCAAAUUGGCAUACAGAAGAUUCAAGAAGAGUAUUAUAUAUCUCGAAAAGGGUCCCAAAGACUUAUUCACUCGUGAACCUUCUGUUCAUGAAACCGUGGACAAACAAGAGCAGAUUGAAAAUGCAGUUGAAGUUAAGGUUACAGCCAGCGAUGUCUUAGGAGAAUCUUCCAAGAAUGAACAAGAACAAAACGAAAUAGAAGGUCCAACAGUUUCGAUCUUCGUGAAGAACUUAAACUUCGCUACUACUGCCUUGCAAUUAACUGAACUUUUUAACCCAUUGGCAGGUUUUGUAGUUGCUACUAUUAAAACCAAACCGGAUCCGAAGAAUUCUGGUGGUGUGUUGAGUAUGGGAUUUGGCUUUGUGGAAUUCAGAACUAAAGAACAAGCCAACGCUGCCAUUUCGGCCUUGGACGGACACGUGUUGGAAGGACACAAGUUGCAAUUGAAACUUUCUCAUAGACAAGGUGGUUCAUCGGCAGGAUCCAAGACUAGCAAGUCUGGAUCCAACAAAAUUAUCAUCAAGAACUUGCCAUUUGAAGCUACCAGAAAAGAUAUUUUGGAAUUGUUUGGUGCUUUCGGUCAAUUGAAGUCUGUGAGAGUGCCAAAGAAAUUCGACAAAUCUGCCAGAGGUUUUGCCUUCGUGGAAUUCAACUUGUUGAAAGAAGCUGAGAAUGCUAUGAACCAAUUGGAAGGUGUUCACUUGCUCGGUAGAAGAUUAGUAAUGCAAUACGCUGAACAAGACUCGGAGUCAGCAGAAGCAGAAAUCGAGAAGAUGACCAGCAAAGUGAGAAAGCAAGUUGCUACGCAACAAUUAGCAGCAAUCAGAUUGACCGGUAAGGGAAAGAUCGAGCUUGAAGACAAGAAGGAUGAGUUUGAUGAACUUUAGCAUUUGCCAUAGGCCUGUAUAAUAGAUAGAGUAUAACACUUUUAAGU